GUUCUCUACGUUCUGCCACCGUCGCGCACUUCACACAGACGUGCUUCCGGACUCUUCCACUGCUAGAGGUAAUGUCUAGCCAAGUAACGCCGAGAGUGUCGAGCCCACGGUGCAAAAAUGGUGUUGAGGACAGCAGUUGUCCCUGUGAAGCUGUCCAGGUAUUCGCUUGUCUCUUCAAACACGACACCGAGUGAGCCCUUUCUUUCUCUGUCGAUAGUGCCUUGAGACUCUUCGUGAGUAUCUCGGCCGAAGAUCAUACUUGACAGGACUUACUCGACCAGAUCAAUUCGUUUCUGCGCCUCCAUUCUCACAGAUACCCCUCAACGCAGCAGCCAUGUCCUCAACCACGUCCUCGAGCUCAGAUGAGCAUGGCCAUGUCAAUGGUUAUGAACCAGCAACAGUUCUCGUCGGUCUAAACUGGAUCGAAGCCACCGACACGACCGAAUACUACAUCGAACCAUCCGAUGUUAACCUCUGCCCACACUGCACCACACACAUCCUCCUCCUCAACAACUGCUGCCGCGGAGAAGGCAUCGAACACGUCGAGUCAAUGGCCAACCUGGAAGUCCUGCCCGAACAUGUCAUCGAUACCAUCACCGAGAUCGAGGUCUACGGCAAAUGGCAAGAUGCAGUGGAAUUCACGCUCUGCAAUGCCAGAGACAUGCCCAUGCUGAAGCUCAUAUCCUUCCACUCGUACGACAAUACCUACCCCAUGUCGUACCCUGAGGGUCUGCAGAUUGACGGUGUAUCUGCUGCUGAGCUGACGGUUGAAGAUCCAUUCGACGGGCCCAGGCAGAUACAUCAGAGCUUGUACCAUGCUCUGGGAGAUAUGCUGUUUGAGCUGUAUGAGCUUGUUGGAGAGAAGGGGGUGGAGUUCGCGAUGAAGGUGUGGUUUACCUUCGAGGAGAAGAGGGUUGGGUAUGCGGUGUUGAGGUGGGAGGACAACAAGAUGGUGUUGGAUGAUUUGGAGCUGGAAGACGCUCAAGAGACAAGAGAGGAGGAGGGAGGAGAUGUGGAGGGAGAACGACAGACCGCUGAAUGAGGGUGAGGUCACGUGUCAGGCUGAGAUAAUGAGAUACCCCCGUUGGCCGGCCUUUCGGCGACAGAAUGCCAUUUUGCACAACGAUGAACGUUGCUUCACGGCCCUCUUUUUUGCCCCUGUGAUUGUGCUGGUGGUCGACAACGACGUAGGUCAAGGAGAAGUCUGAUGAGUGUGGAGGUUGACAA